UAUGUUUGUUUUAAAUUAGAGAUUCACACAGGGAGCGAGGGGUGCGCGGUCGCUUUCCUCUUUGUUUCAGCCCCUAAAUCCACGAGCAGCUGCCGGCUGAAGGGUCUGCUGGGAGUUUUUCGGAGAGAGCUGUGUGCUUUCUCCCAUCGGCCUGUGCCAAGGUGGCGUUACGCAAGCCGCGGCGACCGCGACCCAGACUUAACAACACGGUUGCCAUGACUAGCUUGAUGGGAUGAUGAACUUUGGCUCGGUGGUGGAUAGGAACUUGUCAAACUGGCAAAUUGUGCACCACCGGACUGGACUGCAUGCUCUCUCUCUCUCUCUCUCUCUCUCUCAUUCUGCCACCAGCCCCCCUCCUCUCUUUCCCCUCCCUUUCAGCUCUUCAAGCUAACGUAUUGGCUGAGCUACAGGCAUCUUGUUGCCAAAUAGGUGGGCCCUACUCGUGUUGGCAAAGACUCAGGCGAUGGUUAAGGAAAGAACGCAGAGAGGACGAGAGAGAGCGAGUGAGGGAGCGAGCGAUCGAAAGAGAGAGAGAGAGUUGGAGAGAAAAGGAGUAAAAAAAGCAGCAGCACUUGGGUUUGCCAGCGGUCCUGCGAGCUCGUCCAACAUUGAUUCGGUUCUAUUUUUUUUUCAUGCCCGUAUUCUGUGCUGUGCAUUAGCCAGCCCCCCCGACCUGCCCCCCUUCGUCGCAGCAGUGUGCAUGCAUGUGCGCGUGUGCCUGCUUUAUGUGUGUGCCGCGCUCUCUGAGUUUUUUGCCGGAUACAAAGAUCUAAGAAAACACUCAUUGAGCUUUGCCAAGGAUUUUUUUUUUCCCGCCAUUGUUUAGAUUUUUUUGUUUUGUUUUAAUUAUUUAGAAAGCGAAAGCAUUUAAUUUAAACGUUGUUGAAUUCCUAGUUGUUGUUUUUUUUUUGUGUGCACGCACCUUUAUUUCAUUUUUAUUUUAAUUUUUUUUGCAGCUGUUAUUUUUUUAAUAACCAAUUUUACCUGGAACCGCAAAGCAAAAGAAAAUUCCUGAUCUUGAAAUUAACUUCUUUCCGCCGGCAAUUGGAGCAUCUCCAGUCUUCUUUCCUUUUUACCCAAGUAUAUUUUUUGGUCGCCAAUUCUUCGUCUUUGCCAAGCCAGCAGUUGUUGUUUCGGCGUGAGUGGCAAAGAACUGGUGCGGGUGGAUUUUUCCCCCCCGUCCUGAACGGCGUGCCAAAUUUAUGAUGAGAGUGCAAAAUGGAUGAAUUCCAUCCCUUCAUCGAGGCUUUGUUGCCACACGUCCGUGCGUUCUCCUACACCUGGUUCAACCUCCAGGCCCGCAAGCGCAAGUACUUCAAGAAGCACGAGAAGCGCAUGACGAAGGACGAGGAGCGCGCCGUCAAAGACGAACUCCUGGGCGAGAAGCCCGAGAUCAAGCAGAAGUGGGCGUCCCGUCUGCUCGCCAAGCUCCGCAAAGACAUCCGGCCGGAGUUCCGCGAGGACUUCGUGCUCACCAUCACGGGGAAGAAGCCGCCGUGCUGCGUGCUGUCCAAUCCCGACCAGAAGGGCAAGAUCCGCCGUAUCGACUGCCUGAGGCAAGCAGACAAGGUCUGGCGCCUGGACCUGGUGAUGGUUAUCCUGUUCAAGGGAAGCCCGCUGGAGAGCACGGACGGAGAGAGGCUGGUCAAGUCACCGCAGUGCUCCAACCACGGCCUCUGUGUGCAGCCGCACCACAUCGGAGUGUCUGUGAAAGAACUGGACCUGUAUCUGGCCUACUUCGUCCACACGCCAGAAUCUGGACAAUCGGAUAACUCCAACCAACAAGGAGAAGCAGACAUCAAACCUCCGCCCAAUGGGCACUUGAGUUUCCAGGACUGCUUCGUGACGUCAGGCGUAUGGAACGUGGCGGAGCUGGUCCGUGUGUCCCAGACACCAGUUGCCACAGCAAGCGGACCCAACUUCUCUCUGGCCGACCUUGACAGUCCAGGAUAUUACAACAUCAACCUGGGUCGCCGCUCCAUUACGUCCACACCAUCGACCAGGACUGAGAUGGAGUUGUAUGCCAGUCUCCCGCGGAGCUCCAACAAGCGUAAAUCAAUUGAUGACAGUGAGAUGGAGAGCCCGGUGGAUGAAGUCUUCUAUUCGGGCCGUUCCCCUGCCCCUGGAGUGUCCCAGGCCAGCGGCUGGCCCAAUGAUGUUGAUGCAGUGCAGCACCAUUUGGCCAGUAUGCAGGAGAGGAAGAUAAAACACGAAAGCGAUGGCGUGCAGUUUCCUUACCAUGGACUCUCUUCGCCUGGUUCUCUUAAGAAGUCGGGGAAAUUCGAUUUCAGCGCUCUGUCCGGCCAUACGAGGUCUGCACGCAUGCCGUUCACCCAUCACCCGCUGCCCAUGCUGGCAGGUGUAAGACCAGCAGGAAGUCCCCGUGCCUCAGCUUCCUCCCUGCACUUCCCCUCACCCUCCAUCAUCCAGCAGUCCAGCCCAUACUUCACCCAUCCCACCAUCCGAUACCACCACCACCCGGGACAGGACCCGCUCAAGGAGUUUGUGCAGUUUGUGUGUGCCGACGGAUCAGGACAGGCUAGUGGUCAGCCGAACGGGAGCGGCCAGAGCAAAAUGCCAGGCUCCUUCUUGCUGCCUCCACCCCCCCCUGUGGCGCGUCCAGUGCCCCUCCCAAUGCCAGACUCUAAAUCCAGCAGCACGCCCCCCGAUGGUGGACUCACCUCACCCACAUCUCCGUCAUACUCCACGCCAGGCUCCACAGCUCCCAACAGGUUUGUCAGCAUCGGAUCACGGGACAACAACUUUCUGAACAUACCCCAGCAGACGCAGUCAUGGUUCCUUUGACGAGGUCCUGCCUGCAACCUGUCGACACAAUUUGGAAGUUUUAUGACAA